GCUCGACAGCGCCACUUCUCGGGCGUUGUGGUCGCACGGAGGAACUGCACGCUAACAGGAGGAGGAGACUGAGUUUGCGCGGCUGCUGCUGCUUCUUCUUCUUCUUCCUUUACGAACUUUCUGGACGCAAACGCUGUCGAAUACGACAGGAUCGAGGAAGCUGACCAGGAGGAGAGAGACACACUGAGCGUGAGAUCAGAAUGUCGUCGUCGUCGGCGUCGUCUUCGCUGCCCCUCGGCCAGGACGGCGCGGUGCGCUACAAGAAGCGCAAGGCCAACUUCUCGUUCAGCGAAGUUCACAUCCUGCUGGAUGAAGUGCGCAAAAACCGACACCUCGUCGUGGGUAAAUUCAAUUCAGGAAUUCCCAGUGAUGUGAAGAGGAGGAAGUGGACAGAGAUCACGCAGCGCAUUAACGAGAUUGGUGAGUGUGACCGUGAGGUCGGUGAGGUCAUAAAGAAGUGGUCCGACCUCAAAUGCGACACCAAGAGGAAAAUUGCAGCACUACACACGGGCGUGGCUCUGCCUCAUUCGUCAGACCUCACGCAGACUGAAAACAUCGUGAGCUCCAUUCUGGAGCUGGACAAGAAACCGUGGGAGGCGACGCGCUCGCCGCGGGGACGAAGCAGGAGCGAGGAACAGGACAUGGCCGUAGGAGACGAUGACGAUGAUAUCGCGUUCCUGGGUCCGGGAUCGGUUCAGGAUUCUCCCAGGUCAGGAAUCGAGACGAGGCCGAUGCCGCCGCCUCUUCCGGGAGCCGCUGUCGGGGGGGUCGAGAUGAAAUUAGACCCCUCGAAUAACACGGACGCAGACUCUCGCGCGAUGGACUCGGAUGACGACCACCACGACAUUAUCCCCUCAUCCAUGAACUCGUACACGGAGGACGAGGGAAACCUCAGCAGCGUCCCACACGUCUCCUCGUCCUCCGCCGGUCAGGCGAAGGCGGAGCCAGAGAGCGCACGUGAGCAGUUAGCACAAAGCGCUAGCCUGAGUGUGCAGGAGCAGCACGUGACGAACGCGUUGCUGUGCACGGUGUCGCGCUCGCUCGAGCUCCUGGCCGAGUCGGUGCAGCAGCUGGCGGAGACGCAGCAGGAGUUCGCGCGCGAGUCGCUCAGGCUGCAGAGAGAGACGGUGCAGGUGCUGCGAGAGUUCGCCUCUGGGGCACUAACACUUCUGCACGAGAGGGUGAACGGCAAACCGCCGCUUAUUUAGACGAGAAAACUUGCACAGUUUGAAUCACUGCCAAAAAAACGUUACAGCAGCACGAAGCUCACGCAGAUCACACUAAAUUCUUUUAGCAUUAAAUUACACAUCCAUGAAGCUUCGGUCCCCAGCAGAACGACAGGGUCGGAGUUCAAAACACAACACGGUGUCCUACCGAACGAGACCGAUGUUAUUCUCAGGAGCACGAGCACUACUCGGACAACGGAGAGUUCAAUAUCGUGACGUAAUCACUUAUCAGCAGGGACGAAACACUGCAGUGUUACACACAAGCGUCUCCCACAUCACUUAUUCAUGUCAAGCUGCGUUAUUCUCCUGACUGAUCCCAACCACAAUAUUCCACAUGCUGUUGCCUGAAACUUUCAUGAGUCAAGGUUUGUGUAUGACGGUGUUUAAACAUCCAGAACCAGAGUGCUGUAAAAAAAUAAACUUUUUGUAUGCUUGUUGUUUUUUUUUAUGUCUGUGGAUAAAAACCGAUACCAUGCUGUCAGGUGUAACUUUCCCGACGUCCGAAAGCUCGACUGAGGAAACUUUCCAUUUAUUUGUAUGGCGCUUUUAACAUUGGACCUUUUCGCAAAGCAGCUUCACAGAAACACAAUGCGAAAAAAAAUCCGAUUCCAAAAUGAUUCAUAUAUUAAACAAGAAUCCAAGAUUAAUAUUAGAUCUAUUUAAAUCUGUUUGUAUUUAUCCCUAAUGAACAAGGCUGAGGCGACUGAACUCCCUUAGAUGGAAGAGGAAGGAACCUUGAGAGGAACAAAAGUGAACCUCAUCCUCAUCUGGGUGACACUGAAGUGUGUGAUUAUAGAUAUACAGUCUGAUGAUUGUGUAUCGACGAGGAGGUUCUCGUCCCGAAAGACCACAAGGAGUCGGAAUCGGCUCUUAGAACGUCUGAAUACUUCAUGAAGCAUCUCUGGAACAUCACCGUAGAUGCCUCAGGAUCCUCACAUGGUUGUCUUCAUCUCAUCUCAGUGAAGGUCCAAAAUCUUCAUGAUACGGAACACAACCGAUGCUGGAACGGAUCUCUGGAUGCCUCGUGAUGGGAAGAAAAAGAGAAUCGAUGCGACAGAUGAUGAAGUGAUCAGGCUUAGAUUUCACAAAACAGAUUCAAACGAUCCGAUUCUCACGUCGUCAUUUCACCGUAUAACCACCGCACGUUACUCAUCAGUCUGAGCUGCCAUGUUUUUAUUCUGUCUCUCGCCCGGUGAAACGUCCACGAUGAAAAUCUGGUGUUCGCAGGAUUUAUUGCCUAAUAUAUCUUCUACCUGAAGAGAUGAUUAUGUCAUGGGACUUUUUGGUGUGUUUUUUUUUAUAUAUUAUUAUUUUUUUCCUGUAAAAAUGCCUCUAGGUGAAAAGGUGUUUAAAAGGUUUGAGGUUCUUGUCAGAAAAAAGAAAGAAACGGUAUUAUGCUUCUGGAUGCCAUAAAUCAUGUAAAUGUCUAAAGGAAGUGAAAUAAAGUCUCUGCUGCUCUUUUUUGAACAACAA